AUGCGUGAAGCAAUGGAACUACCUGUAAUAUUCCACCUAUGCCAUUCAAAAAGACAUGUGGUUCAUGUGAGCAGAGAGUUUGCAUUUGCCAUGAUAUUGUACCAAUUUGCUUUCCCUCGGAGAUACUGUUCAAUGAAAAGAGAAUGGGGAAUGAAUGCAAAGGAUUUAGGGUUCAUUAUAAAAAAAAUGUCUGUCUUGUUGAUAAAGAAAUUCAAAAACAGAUUGGAUUUUGACACGCGUCAGUUUUCAGCAGAAAAUUGUGAGCAUUUUGCAAGGGCAAUCUAUGAAAGAACAAAAACAUAUCUCAGUGUAAUUGCUUUCAUUGAUGGUACCAUGCAGAAAUUAUGUUGUCCAAAAUCAGAAGAAAAGCAAAAAACUCUAUACAAUGGAUGGAAACAUAUUCAUUGUAUAAAGUACCAGGCUAUUGCUAUACCUGAUAGUAUCACCAGUAGUUUGAUUGGACCUUUUGUUGGAUCUACUCACGAUGCAAAAUUUUUUGAUGAAACCAAGACUUUGGACCGUUUGAUUCUGUAUCUUACAGUCGUGUCUGGGGACAAGUACCCACCAUUUGGAUAUGUUAUUUAUGGAGACCAAGUCUACCCGCGAUCAUACAAGGUUUUUAAGCCGUUUCCACUAGAUGAAACACUGAAGGAUGAAAGUUCAAGUACUAUAUAUUACAAUUAA